AUGAGAGCGCGGCUGCCAGCCGUGGGAGGGGGGGACAGUCAGUGGCGUGUGGGCAAGCGCGCAGGCGUGCAGGUGGGCAGGCGGCGCGGCAUGCGGACAGGCGGGCGGCGCGGCGCGCUGGCUGGCGGACGGCGCGGCGCGCUGGCUGGCGGGCGGCGCGGCGCGCUGGCUGGCGGGCGGGCAGCGCGGUGCGCUGGCGUGGCGCGCUGGCGUGCGCGCCGGCGUGGCGCGCUGGCGUGCGCGCCGGCGUGGCGUGCUGGCGUGCGCGCUGGCGUGACGCGCUGGCGGGCGCACUGGCGUGCGCGCUGGCGGGGCGCGUUGGCGUGCGCGCUGGCGGGGCGCGCUGGCGUGCACGCUGGCGUGACGCGCUGGCGGGCGCGCUGGCGUGCGCGCUGGCGGGGCGCGCUGGCGUGCGCGCUGGCGGGGCACGCUGGCGUGCGCGCUGGCGUGCGCGCUGGCGGGCCUGAUGGCUAG